GGUAGUGCAGUGCCGAGCUGGCUGCUAGAGGGCGCUGCGCGACGCUCGGAGCUCUCGGCCUCAGGAUCUUUUUGUCUGAGAACUGGAUCCCGCUGCCGCUUAUACAGUGUGUGUGAGAUUGCAUGGAGCCGCGUCUGUAACACACUGUCAAACCACUCCAAAACGAACACAAUAGCAACCAAAACAAUUCAUUUACUAUACAGAACAAUGUCAAUUUUAGUUUGCCGUCAGAAUCGGUCGUAAUUCGGAUUGCUUGGUGGAAGUUAUAGUAGGCUAAAUCGGGUCUUGUUUUCUCUGUGUGCAUACACAUUAUUAUCACUCUUCUCGCUCUUAUUUCUUUAACUUUUUAAAACACUCAGCUUUCUCGUCAAUGACUGAGCGCCGGCGGAGUAUGGGAUCCUUGGUAUCUUAGGAAGCGAAUGAGUGGGGUUUUAACUGUUUUUUAAUAUUUUUAAAAUGGCAAAUUCGACGGGGAAAAAUCAACCUGAUCAGCGAAGGAAAGGACUGGCUUUCCUGGACGAGCUGCGGCAGUUUCACCAAAGCAGAGGCUCACCGUUUAAGAAGAUCCCAAUCGUGGGUGGGAAAGAGCUGGAUCUUAAUGCUCUGUACACCCGAGUCACUACUUUAGGUGGAUUUGCUAAGGUUUCUGACAAGAAUCAGUGGUCUGAACUUGUCGAGGACUUUAAUUUUCCAAGGAGUUGCUCCAACGCUGCUUUUGUUUUAAAACAGUAUUACCUUCGCUAUUUGGAAAAGUACGAAAAAGUGCAUCAUUUUGGAGAAGAUGACGAGGAGGUACAGCCUGGCAAUCCAAAACCAUCUCUUCCCAUUGGUGCAAUACCCUGCUCCUACAACUACCAGCAACACACUGUAUCAGAUUAUCUUCGCCAAAGCUAUGGGCUCUCCAUGGAGUUUGUCACGCCGUGUGACUACAACAAACUGGUGCUCUCUCUUUUAUCGGGCCUCCCGAAUGAAGUUGAUUUCGCCAUUAACGUUUGCACUCUUCUUUCAAAUGAAAGCAAGCACGUCAUGCAGCUUGAGAAAGAUCCUAAACUCAUCACAUUGCUACUAGCACAUGCUGGAGUCUUUGAUGACACACUAGGAAGCUUUUCUGCUGUAUUUGGGACCGAGUGGAAAGAGAAAACAUCUCGAGAUUUUGUAAAGUUAUGGAAGGACAUAGUAGAUGAUAAUGAAGUAAGGGACCUCAUUACAGACAAGAGCAACAAAUCACAAGAUGGUACGACUACGGAGGGCAGCUGGGAUUCUCUUUUCCAUCCUCCUCGGAAUGUCGGCAUUAACGACAUUGAAGGACAGCGUGUGCUCCAAAUUGCAGUUAUCCUUAGAAAUCUUUCAUUUGAAGAAGGAAACGUUAAACUUCUGGCAGCUAAUCGGACUUGUCUCAGAUUCCUCUUACUGUGUGCCCACUGUCACUUUAUUUCUCUAAGGCAGCUGGGUCUGGACACUCUGGGCAAUGUAGCAGGAGAGCUUCAGUUGGAUCCUGUUGAUUUUAGAGCUACUCAUCUUAUGUUUCACACUAUUACAAAAUGUUUAAUGUCAAGAGACAGGUUUUUAAAAAUGAGGGCAAUGGAAAUCUUGGGGAACCUUUGUAAAGCUGAUGAUAAUGCAGUCCUCAUUUGUGAGUAUGUGGAUCAAGAAUCCUACAGGGAGAUAAUAUGUCAUCUCACUUUACCUGAUGUGCUGCUUGUAAUCUCCACACUAGAGGUGCUAUACAUGCUUACAGAACUGGGAGAUGUAACUUGCACAAAGAUAGCUUCUGUGGACAAGAGUAUAGAUCUUUUAGUUCGUUUGGUAUCGGUGGACAUCCAGACCUUUGGACCUGAUGCACUCACAGCAGUGAAGCUUAUUGAGCACCAGAGCUCCAACAGCCAAGUGGUGUCUGAAAUUAGACCCCAGUUGGUAGAGCACGUCCCUGCACAGCUACAUGGAGCUUCUACACCAGCAUCAAGAAAUAUACCUGUACAAUCAGCUUCUACUCCACCUGGCAUUGUUGAAAUUGAUGGCGAGAAGUUUACAACUCAGUGGUUAAAUGCACAUUUUGAGGUGCACUCUGACAGCUCUGUUUCUCGGUCAGAAAUGUACUCAGAGUACCUGGCUACUUGCAGCAAAAUGGCACGAGGUGGAAUCUUGACAUCAACCGGAUUUUAUAAAUGUCUAAGGAGUAUUUUCCCUAACCAUACAGUAAAGCGAAUGGAAGAUCCCAAGACCAAUGGGCAAGCUCACAUCCAUGUGGUUGGAAUCAGAAGGAGAUCGAUUCCACUUCCAAUCCAGCUGUACUACCAGCAGCAGGCUUCCCCUGCACCUGGGGCCAGACACGACGCAGCCUCAGAACCUUCCCAGACUCCCCCCACAGGCUUGCCACAUGGGCCUCAGAAUUUGGGGAGUCAGUUCCCAAGGACACCGGUCAGUAGCCUUACUGCCAACCCGGCAGCCUCACAAAUGGCCUUCACCGUUCCAGGAGUCCCGAAUGUGGCUCAGACUGUUUCUAGGAUAUCCCAAAACCAGCCUGCCCAGGCCCCACAGCACCAAAACCCAGCAAUGACUGUGAUCCCCAGCAAACACGGAGAAGGCAUGAAGACAGCGGUGAUCCAGGGCUCCAUUCCUUCAUCUGCAGUUCCUGUCAGCCUUUCUGUUGUUCAGAACCACAACAGCAUAGUUCACCAGCCUUCAGUCACUGUUGUUACUUCCCAGCCUCUGCUUCACCAUUCUCCAGUAAUAACUUCCGGCACCCCAGUGACAGUCUUUCAGCAAGGGCUCCCUCAGACCCAUAUCCUCGCUAGCAGGGUGCAGAACGUUCCUAUGGGCUCCACAGUUGCUGUCUCACAAGGACAGCAGCUUGCAUCCACAUCCUCUCAGCCCAUACAAAACCCUCAGCAGCCUGGGCCUCCAGUCCAGCAGCAGGAGGCUGUCAUCCUUGCACCCCAGCAGUACAUGUCCACUUCCACACCCAACAUAGCCUCAUGCUCCUCAGUACAAAACUUCCAAGUGGCUGGCGGUCAGGUCUUUACCAUUGCUGGCGUCCAGAAUCCGCAGAGCUCUCGAGUGACCUUUCAAAACAUCGCACCCAAGCCUGUUCCCCCUCAGACUACCAUGGUGUCCCAGCCCAUACAACAACAGCAACAGCAGCAGAGCGUAGUUAUUGUCAGUUCCAACCCCCAGCAGAACCAAGCCUACGCACCAGCUAUUCAUCAAAUUGUACUGGCCAACCCUGCUCCAACCGUUCAGCUUGCUGGGCAACCCAGUAUCACACCCUCCUCUACACCAUCACCCUGUCCUCCUGCCGGCAGUCAGAUACCACAAGUCAUGGCUUCUCCACCAAAUACCCCCCAGACACAAGGCCCACCCCCAACAGUAAGCCAGAUGCUGUCUGUAAAAAGACAGCAGCAGCAGCUCCACCACCACCCUCCUCCACCGCCACCUAUGCAGGUCCAGCCCCAGCCAGCACCCCCGCCUCCAGGCCAACCUACCUCCACAGAAUCUAGUUUGAUCAAACAGUUGCUUCUUCCAAAGCGAGGCCCUUCAACUCCGGGUGGCAAACUUAUACUUCCUGCACCCCAGAUCCCUCCCCCAAACAACACCAGAGCUCCUAGCCCUCAGGUGGUCUACCAGGUAACCAACAACCAAAACCAAGGUUUUGGUGUACAGGCUCAGACACAACCCCAGCAGUUACUGGUAGGCCAGCAAAAUGUGCAGCUGGUUCAGAACCCUCUUCAGUCACAAGGAACUGUCCAGGCAAUGCCCAUUUCCAAUUUACAGUUAUUGCCUGGACAGUUAAUCUCAACUACUACCCCUGCAGCCAUCAUACAAGGUACUGCUGGUAGCCAGGUGACUUUGACAGUGGUGCCAAAUACCAGUUUCACAACUGCUGCUGUUAGUCAGGGAAGUGGGUCACAAAUUAUUGGUCCAGCUGGACUCUCGGUUAGUGGAUCUCAGCCGGGGGUUGGCUUGCAAGUACAGACACUCCCUGCUUCUAAUGCUGGCACCACAAGUCCAGCUCCAACCCCACCAUUUAAAGGCGAUAAGAUCAUCUGCCAAAAGGAGGAGGAAGCAAAAGAUGCAACGGGGUUACAUAUACAUGAACGCAAAAUUGAAGUAAUGGAGAACUCUUCCCUUAUGGAAGGGGUUGCCAAAACAAGUAAUGGGGACUCCAAGGAGGCAGAAGCACCUGCAGGAAGUCUUGUAAAUGGGAGAAAAUAUGUUGACUCUAGUCUACCUCCUUCUAACUCAGGGAAAAGCCAGUUGGAGGCCAGUCAGUACAUACAGGUCACUAAUGGCCCCUUGACCGAGGUCAAUGACAGUCCUGCCAAUGGGAUGCCAAGAACAGAGCAGGUGGAUGGGCAGGAAAUGAAAAGUGACCUGAAAAAGUUCCUCGUAAAUGGGAUUUGUGACUUUGAUAAAGGAGAUGGUUCUAUUUUGAGCAAAAACAUUCCAAAUCACAAAGCUUCCAAACAUGUAGGAAAUGGAGAAAUUUCUCCUCAGGAGCAGCAAGAGAAUUCAGUCGCCCCUCAGCAAGAUACUGCCAAAGCUGAUCAAUUGGAACGAACAUCAAAUGGGCCUCUAUUAGUCAGUAACUCUCUGCCUAUUGCAAACACACCGCUGGAGGCUGUGCAGUUACCUAGCCAAAAGGUUAGCUGUAAUAACUCCGAGCAUUUAAAUGGACCUGUUGGAUCAAGUUUUAACUCAGAUGUGCCUCAGCCUAAGCAACAGCAACAUCAGUGUGUUGUAAUGUCAUCACAAUCCACAGCCUCACUAACAGUGACCACUGUAAACCCCUUUACAACAGCACCCCAGUCUGGAACAGUAGCACCACAGUGCAUGCAGUUAUCUGAGCCUCAGUGCUCUAAUGGCUCAAGUGAAAACCGGGGUGUAAAGAGGCCGGCAGAAGAUACAGAUAGAGGAACUGUUUCAGGAAUCCCCAACAAAGUAGGGGUGAGGAUUGUUACAAUAAGCGACCCCAACAACGCUGGCUGCAGUGCAACGAUGGUAGCUGUGCCAGCAGGCGCUGACCCAAGCACAGUAGCGAAAGUAGCAAUAGAAAAUGCAGCCCAACAAAAACCGCAUCCAUCUUCCUUUAUACAAGCAGUCGUCACACAGCCUUCAUCCAUCGUAUCACCACCUCCACCACAAAGUGUACAGGCAUGCCAAGUGAGCUCAACACCCCCGCCUCCUGCAAACCAGGCCUCAACUGCACCCUCAGAACACGUCAGGAAGCCUGGGCAGAACUUCAUGUGCUUGUGGCAAUCAUGUAAAAGAUGGUUUGACACUCCGUCUCAGGUGUUCUACCAUGCAGCCACCCAGCAUGGAGGCAAAGAGGUUUAUCCAGGACAGUGCUUCUGGGAGGGCUGUGAGCCAUUCCCUCGCCAGAGAUUGUCCUUCAUCACUCACUUACAGGAUAAGCACUGUUCACGGGAAGCCCUACUCGCUGGAUUAAAGCUAGAAGAGCUGGCGCAAGGUGGCAAUCAGAAAACUUCCAAGCAACAGCCAGCUGCAGGUAGCACUUCCACCCCUAGAGCACAAAAGGCCAUUGUAAACCAUCCCAGUGCUGCCCUCAUGGCACUUCGAAGGGGAUCCCGAAACCUAGUGUUUAGGGAUUUCACAGAUGAAAAAGAGGGACCAAUAACCAAACACAUCAGGCUGACUGCUGCCUUAACGUUAAAAAAUAUUGCAAAAUACUCAGACUGUGGCCGAAAGUUGGUGAAACGGCAUGAAAACCACCUGUCCGUACUAGCUCUAAGUAACAUGGAAGCUUCCACCACCCUUGCCAAAUGCCUUUAUGAACUCACUCAUUCCCUUCAGCCCUGAGUCCGCGUCAGGACAUAAGACUCUUAACGAGAGGAAAGUCUUCAUUUUUCCCCCUAACCUGAGGAAAAAAAAGUUGAAACAAAAAAAGGAGGAAAACCACAUUUCAAGUACUAUUACUGAAGAUAGAGUCUUAAUGGAAAGGAGACCGUAGGCUGGCAUAUUUAUCUGCUCCCGUGAUGCAGAUUGUAAGCUUUGUAUUCUGAUCACUGAAAGAAUCCCUUUGUUCUUCAUACAAACUGCCAUGGGAUCUUCCACCAGCUGUCUGCAGGAUGCCACUCAAAAGCAGCUUUAUCCUAAAGGAAACUGGUAUGAUCAGAAUUCAAUACCAUCCACAUUGGAACAGAUAAAUUUAAAUAUUAAAAAACUUUACAAUCAGACAAGAUAUGAGCAUUAUUUUUAUUCUUCCCAAAACGAGCACAUUUUUAUAUUGACGGAACUGUUUGACUAAGAUGGGUUGAAUACAUGUUUCAGCACACCAGAAAUAAGCCCUCUGGUUUUUUUUCGGGGGGGGGGGGUUGCCGGGGGGGUGGGCACCAGGGGACAACUGAUGACUAGCUACGGAUCGUGUGUUUUUCUUUAGAAAUUGGUAGCUUGGUUUUCUUACUUGAGCCGAUAUAUUUUCACUUAUUUAUUAUCAAAAUUACCAAUAUGAUUAAAUGAAAACCUAUGUAAAUAUUUGUGAAUAUAUAUUAAAAAACAACUUUCAUGCCACUGCAGCCACUGGAAACACACUCUGUGGUGUCAUAGAAGCAUUAUUUGGGUAGGUUCCAAUGAUUUUUUUUAUGAUCCCAGUCACUUGUAUCAAAUAUGAUUAUAUACUCCGCAGUGGAUGAAUGUUAAAAAAAUCUGUGUAAAUAAUUCUGCAAAGGUACUGAUGCUGUAAAGUUGGGGGGGGAGAAACAGUUUUUGUGGAACUGUGAUAUUUUUUUUUGUAUUAUAAUACCUUGUAGAACUCAUUUUGCUGGCUGAAAGAGUAUGGAAUAAUAUAUCUCAUGUCAUUUUUGUAGAAGAAAAAAUAUUGAAGGUAUUUUUUGGUUUUUCCCUAACAUGUAUCCACUGUAAACGUUUUUGUCACAGUACAAGCACAAUGCUUGUACAAAAUUAUUUUGUAUUUGUAAAUUGGUUUAAAUACAUGGAGUUUUAUACAGGUUUUCUCCUGUGUUAUAUUUGCUUUAUGUGCAGGUAUGAUAUUUUCUUCACUACUUUUUCUAUCUUAAUAUAGUGUGGAGUUUUAUUGUACUAUUUUUUCAUUCUUAAUACCAUUGCCACAUUCCUGCUCACAUCCCCAAACUGUGUCCUCUUUACAGCGUGUUGUGUAACCAUUUAUAACUGCCUAUUGCCUGUUGUAUUAGCAUCCAAAAACGGGGAAAAUCAUCCCAUCACCAUUUCUGCUGUGUCAGUAGGAUGUGCAGUAUAAAUAUAGAUCUAACAGUUUAUGUUAUAGAAUGGCUUUAUUUACUUUGGUGACUGUUUAUAGUUUUUAAAUAAAAGACUGAACAUUUUUUUGUCUUUCUUUUUAUUUUAAACUUUACCCAUAAAACUUUUUUGUGUGCGUGUGUAUGAUAGAAGUGGAAAUGGGGAAUAGAGGGUGAGCUUCCUUUUUGCUUUUUCACACCGUAAGUGUAAAACAUUCCUUGUGUCCUGUAGUUUUAGGCUGCUGUAUACUGAGAAGGAAGGUGAUGUGGACAAUAUAGCAAUAUUUUUAUGUUUUUUUUAUAUUUUAAAGGGGAUUGUCUUUUGUUUUGCCAAUUAUUUUAUAAUAAACACCAAUAAAGCUGAUCUAGAUGGUCUUUAAA